AUGAUUGUCGACUCAGCAGAGAGUUCAUUCAAAAUUCAAACAAAUCAAGUGAAAAUACCGCGGUUUCAAAAGCAUCAUUGGAGUUCGAUUCCUCAAUCAGAAACAAUAAUAUUUAUGCCAAAGUCAAAUCGAUCAUUUCAAUCACUUCAAACAUUUGGAGAAAGUCAUGAAAAGAUGAAUUUGCGAAAUGAAAGAAGAGAUCAAAAUGAUGCACAAAUAGAAAGCUCCGAAUCGACUCAACUGAGACUCAUCAGAGGACAGGGUGACACAAAGAAAGAUCGUUUUCUGACACGACAACAUCCGAAUCUCCGUGUCCGAAUCUCUCGACCGAUUCGACCAUCAAAAAUAUGGGAAAUGAGAAGAAAAAAGAUGAAGAGAAUCUAUAAAGAUGAUGAAUUGGGAAAUGGAGAAAUCGACUCAUUCCGACCACCACCAUUACCACCAUUACCCAAUGAAAUUGCAAUGAGGAUUUCCGGUGGAAAUUUCAGGAGACGACUUAAAAGGCCAUGUUACCGUAAUCGAGAGCCCCGUUGUGGGUUGAAAUUGCGAAAAACAAUCGAGAGAAAUGUGGCCAAUGAAAGGAGUAAAGGAGCGGGAAUUGCAAGGAAAAAACGAAGC